GAUGCUAGCAGAACUUGCCGGUGGUGUAUACUCCCUCGGUUUUGUUUAACGGUAGAUGGAGGUGGCCAAGUGAGAAGAAAACAAGGGUCGACUGCGACUCGCAAAGAGUGAACAGCAACCAGAGAACGAAAGAUGAGGUGUCACUGCACAAAGGAAAGCUCAGACUUGGACCUCGCGGAGGCAAACGUGUCAGCACCCGGAUCCUGCAAAGCCCAUACCCAUCCCGGUCCUCAGCCCUGGUAGGCACGCUGCCGUGGGCCUCCCGCAGGGAGCCAAGCUUCUCCAGGCUCCGUGGUCCGCGGAGCUGCCCGGAAGCCUCGGGGCGCCGUGAGUACUGACCCCCGCAUGGCACCGGCUCAGCGCUGGGGCCAGCCAGGCCCUCCCCAGAGUCUGGGGACGCACGCUAGGUGAGUGACAGCACCACACGUCAGCCUUCGCCACCCGGGCAAGGGGGCGGGCUGAGCAAAUCCAGGUUCUCCCAAGGCUCACCUGGGAGGUGAUCAUGAUGCUGGAGUCGAUCAGGAAGCUCAUGGCGAAGCCUCGGGAGGCCCAUGCCCAGCUGUCUAUCCCUCAGAGAAGCCGCGGCUUAAGACCUGUCCACCUGCUGUGGUAGGCGGCCUUCGCCCCAGCCACCCGGGCUGGCCUGGCGCGUGCUUACGUCAUCAAGAUGCGCCCCAGCCAGCCAAUCAGCGGCCGCAUUCUCCGUUUGCAUGGAAGGUCUGUUGCUGAAAUGCCUCUCCUCCGGGACACACAGCAACAUCUAUCCUUCCUCCAGAGGCCCCAAUGACAACCUGAAGCGCAAUUCCACCAAAGUUCACCCUGAGAAACCAAAGGCUCGGCCUCGGUCUCCUACUCUUGGCAAGAUGGGUGACUGGAGCUUCCUGGGGGAGUUCCUGGAGGAGGUCCACAAGCACUCCACAGUCAUCGGCAAGGUCUGGCUCACUGUCCUGUUCAUUUUCCGCAUGCUGGUCCUGGGCACCGCUGCCGAGUCCUCCUGGGGAGAUGAGCAGGCCGACUUCCGGUGCGAUACCAUUCAACCUGGUUGCCAAAAUGUCUGCUAUGACCAAGCCUUCCCCAUCUCCCACAUUCGUUAUUGGGUACUGCAGAUCAUCUUUGUGUCCACGCCUUCUCUAGUGUACAUGGGCCAUGCCAUGCACACUGUGCGCAUGCAGGAAAAGCAGAAAUUGCGGGAUGCUGAGAAAGCUAAAGAGGCCCACCGCACUGGUGCCUAUGAGUACCCAGUAGCCGAAAAGGCCGAGCUGUCCUGCUGGAAGGAAGUAGACGGGAAGAUUGUCCUCCAGGGCACCUUACUCAACACCUAUGUCUGCACCAUUCUGAUCCGCACCACCAUGGAGGUGGCCUUCAUCGUAGGCCAGUACCUCCUCUAUGGGAUCUUCCUGGAUACCCUGCAUGUCUGCCGCAGGAGUCCCUGUCCCCACCCAGUCAACUGUUACGUUUCGAGGCCCACGGAGAAGAAUGUCUUCAUUGUCUUUAUGAUGGCUGUGGCUGGACUGUCUCUGUUUCUCAGCCUGGCUGAACUCUACCACCUGGGCUGGAAGAAGAUCCGACAGCGCUUUGGCAAGUCACGGCAGGGUGUGGACAAGCACCAGCUGCCUGGCCCUCCCACCAGCCUCGUCCAGAGCCUCACUCCUCCCCCUGACUUCAAUCAAUGCCUAAAGAACAGCCCCAGCGAGAAAUUCUUCAGCGACUUCAGUAAUAACAUGGGCUCCCGGAAGAAUGCAGACGCUCUGGCCACUGAGGAAGUGCCAAACCAGGAGCAGAUUCCAGGGGAAGGCUUCAUCCACAUGCACUAUAGCCAGAAGCCAGAGUACGCCAGUGGAGCCUCUGCGGGCCACCGCCUUCCUCAGGGCUACCAUAGUGACAAACGGCGCCUUAGUAAGGCCAGCAGCAAAGCAAGGUCUGGGGGAUUUACUAUUAUAUCAGCCUCGAGUCUCCUUCCAUCCAGGGAUGACUUUGCAAUGUAGCAGCCCACAGAUGGUCGCUGGGUUCUCAUGACUGUACAAUCGUCUCUGUAGGCUAUAUGAGGUACUGCUCCAAGGCUCCGCUGGGCCCCUACUCAGGAGCAAACCACUCUGAACAGAAGAAAUGUGAAGAAUUAACAGGAGGUUCCAGCCCGCACCUCACCUCUGUGUGUCCUUCCUGGAUGCCUUCCGCUGUGUGCUACUUGUGAAUACCAGGCCUAGCCAGCCCUGGACACAGCAGUCAGUGACAGUACCACAAGCCCUCCUCCUUCUCUUCCACACCUCCUCCCUCAGCUGCUUCUCCAGUAGGCCACGCAACGUGGGAUCUUUUGCCAGGAUGCUCAAGGAAUAGGAAAGUGGGAGGGGCCACAGCAGUUGCCUGUCACCUCCACCACAGCUGAGGCUGUGCCCCCAUCUAGUCGCACUCUGGCAGCAGCUGCCACAGCAACCACACCCUCAGCCCAGGUUCCAAGAGUCAAGUGGCUGUCCCCAGUGGCCCUGGUGUGUUGACAGAGUUGAAACAGAUGGAAAAUGACUCAAUAGAAAAAUUGACUGAGUCAGAACCUCAAGACCGUGCCUCUCUCCGGGCCGGCCCGUUCCAUUUCUGCGUCUGUGAAUUACCGAAUCUGGGUUCUAGCUGUGUGUUGGAUUCAGGGAAGAAUGAAAUGAACUUAGGAAGAUAGCAUUGUGGCAGUUCUUCAGGCACUGUGUGUGGCAGACAGACAGAUAAGCCCAGGAAGUCACAGGUCCAUAUCACAUGGAUUCCGGGGUUUCUGCCAAGCUUUGAGUCUUAUUAAAUAUUAAACCACAAAAGCUCAUUUUCUCUGACUGGGGACAUCAUGAUAAAACCCUGUGGCGACAGAAAUCUGGAAAGACUAUUGUUGGGACGCUUUCACAUCAGAGCGAAACCACGUGCGGUUACCCUGCCUGCCCGCCCUGUGGCAGCUGCCUUAGGUGGUGGUGCCACCUACAGAUGGGGCUGAGUGUGUCUCAAACAACCUUAUCUCCAAACCUUUGCUCUUUAAAACAACUUAAUCUCUGGUCUUUGAUCCUCCAGGUUGCAAGGAAACAAAAGCAAGUGUGCCCACAGUUUGACCUCCUCUGGGGUCACAGUUUAAAGCUUUCAACCCUGACUAUGGCCAUUCAAUAAAUUCAAGGAAAGUGAGUUGAAAGAACACAGCUUACAACACAGGCUGACAAAACUGUACUAAUCCUGGGAGAUGCAGACGAGGGGAAUGCGAUCACCUCCUGAACAUUUAACAAUGAAUAAGGCAGUGCCUUCCAGAAUUAAAUCCUGAGAAAGUGCUCUGGGCUGAGACAAAAAGUUGGUACCAGGCAUUCAAAAAAAUAUCUUUCAGUUAUUUUGAGGAAAGCACCCACAUUCAUAUCCUGGCAGGGCCUUGAUAUAUUUAAAAAAUAUACUUUCAUGCAAUUAUGUAUAAUACAAUGGGAGAAGGUUGGAGUCAUGGCAGAAAGAUGCCAUAAUUUUUCUUCUGUUAAAUAAAUGGAACUGCAGUAAAGAAGCCAAGAAAGGAAGAAAUAACUACUGGAGUGCCUGACUUGUCACAAACGCCCAACAAAGAUUAAUUGCACGCUAUUUCUGCUGUGCAUAUUUUGUAUACCAUUAAGCUGUGAACACACUCUCUUCUGUGUGCUUUAUCUGUAAAUAUUGAUUGCAGCUUUCUUAACCAAUGUCCCUUCCCCACCC